AUGGCUGCCUCCUUCAAAGAGAGAUCUGAAGAACUGCACGGAAGCAUCACUAAUUUCUUAGGAACACAGGAGUUUGUCUUACUGGAUGCUCAAUUCCACAUCAAGUCCAAAGUGGAAGACAUUAUCCUGGUUUUGAUGCCUUGGCGAGCAUUGGUGAUGAUGGCAAAGCUUCCUCUCAAGGUCCAAGUUAGCUUCAGCUUCCUAGCUGUGCAAUUGAUCAAAAUGAAAGAAGCUAGAAAGAUUGUCAUAGACGCGGAUACCUCUUCCUUUGAGUUUGACUUCCUGUCAUCGGACAAUCUGGAACAAGCAGUCAGCCACAUGAUUACGUCACUCAAAAAGGUUUUCCCGGGAUCCUCGCCUGGAGAUCUCCUCCAGAACGCUUCUCCCAGCCUGCUUGCGAGAAUUCAAGGGACGACCAAUUCCUUGGAAGAAGCAUGGAAAGAAAGUCCUUGCGGUGGAUUCUCAGAGACCUACGCUGCCCUCUGCGAUUACAGUGGCCUUUCUGCCCAAGAGGAAAUCCAAUGGGUUGUGGAUAAUAUUUAUCACGCGCGGGGAUGCAGAGAAUUCAACCUGUUGGAUUUCAACCACCUGCCCAGCCAAGAUAUUGCUCUUUGUGUGACCAGCUUAUCGUUUAAUCAGUGGUUUACAAAGCUAAGUUGCAAAGACUUCAAACUGAAUCAGGUUAUUUUGGAGGAGAUCCUUCUGGCCCUGAGAAAAUCAGUGACUUUGCAAGAGUUGGAACUGGAAAACUGUGGCUUAAAAUGUGACUUUGCACAGCAGAUGGCCCUCGUCCUUCAAGAGUAUCCAGAUUCUGCAUUAAACAGCCUUAAUCUCUCUAGAAACCUCCUGGAGGACCGAGGUAUCAUAGCUCUAAGCCAGACCUUCGAGCAAAGGAACAAGGGUUUCCAGUCCUUGAUCAUCGCAAAGACUUCUGUGACUCAGAAAGGAAUGAUGGCCUUGUGUCAAUCUUUGGUCAACAAUGGACAAUUCAGAACCAGCAUUUCCCAUUUGGACCUCUCUGGAAAUCCAGGAAGUUUGUUGGCUGAAGGUGGAAAUGGCUUGUUUUCCUUCCUGAAUGAGCCAAAUGCUUUGGGUCAUCUCGAUCUCUCUGGGUCAGACUGUGCUCUGGACAUGCUCUUUGGUGCCUUGGCCGGUGGAUGCUGUGUAAACCUGACUCAUCUGAAUAUCUGCAAGAACGUUUACUCUCACAAAAAAUCCAGAGGUGAUCCUUUUGCAAUCAGCCAGUUCUUCAGCCAGGCCUCUGCUCUACAACACGUUUCCUUGUCUGGAACCAAGCUUCCACCAGAGGCUCUAAGAUCGUUGCUUCAGGCUUUAGCCAACAACACCCAACUGAAGACCCUGUCCCUGGACCUCAGUAGCUGUGAGCUGAGCUCGGCAGGAGCCCAAGUGAUCCAGGAUCUGAUAUCAGAUGCCAGUUCAAUCUGUGACUUGAAUUUGUCAGACAACGGCUUUGAUUCGGACAUGGUGACGCUGGUUUUGAGCCUCAACCGAAGCAAAUCCAUUAAGCAUGUCGCAUUAGGGAAGAACUUUAACAUCCAAUCAAGAGAGACUCUAGUGGACACCUUGCACCGGAUUGUUCAACUCACUCAGGAUGAAGAUUGUUCAAUUGAAUCUGUAUCAGUGGCCGAAUCACGCCUGAAGCUGAGAACCAACAUUCUCCUGGCUGGUUUAGGGAGCAACAGCCAUCUUGUGGCCUUGGAUAUCAGCGGCAAUGCCAUGGGAGACUUGGGGGCCAAAAUACUAGCCAAAGCUUUGUCGGUGAAUAAAACUCUCAGGACCUUAAUGUGGGAUAGAAACAACGUAACCUUAUACGGAUUUCUUGAUGUGAUUUCAGCUUUGGAAAGGAAUUUCAUCCUCACGAAAAUGCCUUUGCCCAUGAACGACAUUGCUGUGGCUUACCGGAGUCAUCCAGAGAAAAUGGAGGAAAUUGUGCACCAGAUACAGUCUUACCUUGCAAGAAAUCAGAUUCAAGCAAACCUGCUCAAGGAGACAGGCCAGAUCCAGCUAGACAGUCAAGCCAGCUCUUCUGAACAGGCGGUGAAAGAUGUUUGCCUCACUGUGCAAAAAUACAUUGGGCUGCUGAGCUGUGUUCAGGAUGUGGAAGUGAAGGCUGAUCUGCUUUGGGCUGAGGAAGCCAUCAAGGAUGCAACCCUUUUCAUGGAUAUUUUGCCCAUUCUGUAUGAAGCGGGAAGGGCUUCCUACCAGAACUGCAAGCUUCAGCACAAAUUGGAAAAACUAAUUGAGGAAGUUUCUCAGACCUACAGCAAGGAGAUUCAGCCUCAACCAUUGGUCUUGUAUCGUGUCUUUGAUGUUGUCUCUCCAUCUUCUUCUGGGUUGGACCUUCCCUUCUUUUUGUAUAAGCCUUGUACGGCGGUUGUGCAAUCCCAGUUGGCUGCUACUCAGAGUUUGCACCCCCAAAUUUUGCAGAAAACAGAUUUCUUGAAGCAAUUAUUCUGCAAUGCAUCAGAAACAACCUUCCUGGACCAGUUGCUGACUGAGGUGUAUGACAAGGUCAUGAAGAUCCAGCUAUCAAUUACGGAAGCCAUGACCGAUAUUAUCAUGGAGAAGACUUUGGAAGAGUUAACCACCAUUCAAGACAGGCUGGUGGCUGCCCAAUGGAGACACACUUGUUCUCUGAGCCUUCUGCCAACACCUAGUUUAAAUGGUCUGCCAGAACUGAAGGUAGGCGCCCAAGACAACCCGAUUGGGAGUCCCCAGCCUGAGCUGUCACUCAGCCGUGCCUCCGCGAAGUCACGCCCUGCUUCCACAAAGGAUGCUGAGCCUGGGAGCGGGCUGCUGCCGCUGCCGCCGCCGCCUCCUCUCGCAGAGCCUGCAUCCGCAGCAUCCCUUAUGGACCUGCCGACUGCGGGGGAGAAAUUGGAGCAUUUCACCCGAGACAGGCCCAGGCCGAACCGAAGGAACAGGCAACCUCCUAGCAAGUCGAAUGUUCAGCCGCCUGUGCGUGAGAACACAGAAGACAGAAGCAUUGCCAGGUUGGAUGAAGGCUUAGAUGAAUUCUUCACCAAGAAGGUGAUCCAUGAAUAUUUACUUCCUACUUCCUCGGAAACCUCUCCCACGGCAGUCGCAUCGCCCUCUUCUGGUUCUCGGACCUUGAAAAAGAAAAUCGGACACUUCUUUGCCUUCAAGAAGCCAAAGUCAAGUCGGGGGCCCAAGUCCGAGAAAGACUCCGAGGGUAGUCCUUCACCAGCAAGGGGCAGGAAGCUGAUGCUCAGUGACAUUUUAAGGACCCCCAGCAAAGCCAGCGAUUCGGCCAAAGCGCUAAGCAAAUCUGAGGAAGGGGGGCUGGCUGGAGAGAACAGAGGCUAUCUGGAACAAAGCCAGACCCCGGAUAGUGCACGAAGGGCCAGGCCCAAGUACUCCCGAGAAGGGAAGUCUCAGUCCUUGAUACUCUUGUCUGGAGAAGAGACAGAGGGACUUGGUGUCAGGCAUGAGAAGAAGCGGUCCUUUGAGAAGAGCGAUGGUGAGCUGCCCAAUUCCUUCGAACAGCGUGUCCAUGUCAUGCUGCAUCGGAUUGGGGUCACCAAGGUGUUGUCUUCUGAAGGCAAAAAGAAACAGAGCAAAGAUGGGGAAAUCAAAAAGGCCGGUUCUGACGGGGAUAUCGUAGAUUGUUCUGCAGAAUCUCCUCCAUGCUCUUUGAAAUCACGAACACACUCCUUAUCCACAGGCCCUUCUCUUGCAGAUCCUUCCGUCCGCACGGGAUCUGCGGAUCCCAUUGGCCGAGCAGGUACGGAGCCAAGCGGCGGCUCCCUUGAGGGCCGACUUUCGUGGAAGGUUCUCGGGAAGCAGCUGAACGCCGAGUUUAAGGGCAAGUGUUCAGAAUUCAGCCCUUCGCCAAGAAGAGGUUUUGUCAAUCAGGACCCGGUCGGAGCCCGGGAGCCAAAAGGGAGAGAGAGCUGGAGCAGCAGUUUGCCCAGAACUGGGAGAAGCACGGCUGCCCCUCUUCCCCUCAGGAGGACCAGCAAUGCGGGCGAAGGACGGGCAUCUGUUGAACUGCAGAAUUCCUUUGCUCACUUGAACACGGUUGCUGGAGACAAUCAGUUCAAACCCAAGCCUCGUCUAAAGCCAGCGGUCAACCGAAGGGCCAUGUCUGUUCAUGAAGAGCAGCUCAGGGAGCAGGCUUGUGCGGCCGAGCUUCAUCAUGCAAAAAUCCCUCUUUGUUUGCAACGCUCCCCUAUUCUGAAAUGGAAGACUAAACCCAAGUUGCUGUUGGAGACUGCACCCUCGGAUUCUCUAGGCCCUCCCCCACAAGAACAGAAUGUGGUGGACUCCGACUCAAGAGAAGAAACAGAAGAGCUGCCCCAAGCUAUAGAACAAACUCUAAAGAAUGCACAAAAUACAGCGUUAGACCAAAGAACUGCUGUGCCCCUCUCCAAGUCUCCAAUACACGAGCAUUGAAUGAUUCUGCAUGAUGGCUGCUCUAUUGAAGGAGGACAGAGUGAAGGCUUACGGUUUGAAGCAACAGCCAGCGGCGAGGGUGCAAGUUCUUUGGUACAAGGAUGAACAAGGGACCGGCCCUCCCAUAGCUCCUUGGCUGGAAGAACUGGGAUUUCCAGUGAUGGAUAGUGGCAUCUAAUCCCCUGCACGUCUUUCUGGAUCGCCCCGUUUCAUCUUUCAUCCUUGUACACGCUCAUCAAAGUGCCCAGUAUUCUUAACGGUUUGUGUGAGAAAAGCCAAAAUCUCAAGUCUGCAGGAGACGGGUCUUUUCCAGCAGAAGUUGUACAGUUGGUACCAGAUGUGACAAAUUUGAUAGUGCCAGAAACAGAGAACCACCAGCAGGCGGGAUGGGGGUUGUUUUACAUACACUAAACUUGCUUGCCUUGCAUUGUAUGUUUUGGAAGUUUGAGACUAGGCUAGUGUGUGGUUUGUAGGGGGGAGUUAAAAGCAGGCACUCAGUUAAACCAGGUACAUGUCUCUCAUAGCAAACUUACUCCGCUGCUAUCCUACACCAUAUUUGUCCUUAAGGUCUUAUUUCCUUCUGUCCACAUCCUUUUGCAGUCUAGGAACAAUACUGUCAUGCCAAAACCAAUAUUUGCUGGCACCAACAAGAAGUUUGGUGUGAACAAGAUAUGAGGCGCAGUGUGCAUCGUAGCAGCUUUCAGCCAGGUUAACCCAAAGCAGGUGGCAGCUCCUCCUGUCCACGAUUAAAUCUGCGAAUUUGCAGUCAUUCCCAUCUCGUUUAUUCUGGUGUGAUUAGGCCUCCCCUCUCGGCUCCGUUAACAUUGCUCCAAGAUUCAGAAGUGCUUUGCUGUGGCAGAGAAGAUGGGAGGAAUGGAGAAGACUUUUCAUCGAUCGUGGCAUCACACCAAGCUUGGUGUUUCUGUUCAAACUCAUUGUGAAGAUGCUUAACCCGUAGCCUUGUCUCACGAAUCAGGAUCUGCGGCCUUCUCCUUAAAGCAAACACCUUACCCUAAAUCCAUUGGCUUUCAAGGAGGCUCUAGGAAAUAGUUAGUUUUUACAAUAUGAAUCGCUUAACUUGUUACAAGCUCCUUACAUCCGAAGCACUAGCACAUAGACGAAAGGGUAAGUACAUAUUUCUCCACACUGAUAGCCUGCAACUAAACACUGUGUUAAAUAUAGAUACAUACUCUGAAAAGAAAAAUUGCAGCUUUUUCGUAGAGCAUUUGGUACUUUCACCACUAGCCUUUUUUUCAGACACUGGAAGGAAAAAAUAUGUGGUGCUCAGCUAAUGUGAGUUAUAUUCUCCAGAGGACUGGAAAGGUUAUCUAACUUUCAGUUGAGACGUUUCCGGCCAUUGGGGAAAGUUCAGAAUCCCAUCAUCUGAAGGCAUUCUUUGAGGAAGACUGAAAAAAAGCUUUUGCUUCCGGCUAUCGGUGAAUUUGGAUGGACAGAAGAAGGAAGACUUAUGAACCACACCACAGUUAAGAUAAAUGAAGGAUAUAUGCAGAUGUAGAGUUCUCACAACAGUGUCUACUAGCGCAACGCCACAUACACACGAACCUGUUUCCACACAGAUAACAUUUUGGCAUAAUGGUUUCAAUUACCAAUCAUCCUCAACCACAAGAGACGCUCAGUGGGAGUUGAGCUCCUUGUAACUGUACUUGGGUAUCUGCCAUCUAGUACCAGGUGAUUAUUGCAUGCAUCUUUUAAAAAAUAUUCUAGCACAAACAGCCAACUUAUUUACAUUAAGGUCCUUAUUUUAAAGCAAAGAAUCACAGAAUUUUAUUUUAACUUUCAAACUAUGUUUGAGUGACUGUGCUCGAAUUUGGAAAAUUGGCACACAAGGUAUAUUUUUUAUCGAGAGCUGUGCUGUUGUAUUUUUCCUAAUUUGUUUUAAUUUUCAAAACAUUUUAUCAAGCAUGUAAGCUAUAUGAAGUAUUUUGUAAUUAAAUGA